CGUACCAACCAAACCACUCCUUAAGUCCUUGGCUGUCGGUAAUCACAAUAUGAAAUUAAGGAUCGUUUAGACUAUGCAUUCAUUCGAGUGAAACGCGUUGUGUGCACCGCUCCUGCGAACAUGGCCUACGAGGAAUACAUUGUUUUGGUGUUGUGCGUGUGUUUCUACAGCAGUCUGCAGUUGUUGCCGCUGCCUGAUUACAUCCACCCCUGUGCGGAACUGAGCGAUGAAUGUUUCACAAAAGCGACCCUGGACGCGAUCCCGGGAAUCGUCCAAGGAAUCCCGGAGGCCGGGAUACCGCCCCUAGACCCUUUAUACUUGGACAAGAACAUCAGCAUAGUAUUACCAGGGAAUCUGAAGAUGACCUUCCAUGACGCAAAGUUGGUCGGCUUGAGCUCUUGCGUGCCUGACAAAGUGUCGUCCCGUCGCGACAAACGCAUGUUCAUAUUCGACAUGCACUGUAACUUCACGAUCCGCGGCGUGUACAGCCUCCUGGGCCGACUGCUGCUCUUCAAUCUCGACACCGAGGGUGGUGCCAAGAUCAAAAUCUGGAACCAACGCAUUCGCCUCGAAGUGGUAGAAAGAGUGGUGAAAAACGACGCAGGAGAAGGGCACUACAAAAUCAACUCUUACAAAUAUAAAGCUGAUUAUGGAACUGAUCUCAAACUAAACCUGACCAACCUGAUAAGAGGGAACCCUGAAAUCAGUCAAAACAUCCUUCGGGUACUAAACUCAGAUUCCCAAGCGUUUGCCAAGGAGUUCGGCGGGCCGAUCCUGGACUACGCGAUAGACUACGCCAUGAACGUUACACAAAGGUUUUUCGACGCGUAUACCUAUGACCAGCUUACACACGUCCCGCUCACUGAGGAGUUCUUCGAGAAGGAGUAGAAAUAGAGAAAAGACUAAUUAAUUAUAUGGUUUUGUGGUAGAUAUGAGUAAGGAAUAUUGUAGUCUUUUGUAACAUAUAAGGAAUAUUGAGGAAAAUGUUAUCAUAGUACAAAUUUUAUAAGGUUACUUUCUUGAGAGAUACACCAAUUAAUGCUUUCCUCGAGGACGUUGAAAAAUCCUAGGUUUGGAUAUUCAC